AUGGAUGCGAAACUUCAUGGUCCGCCCUCGCCAGUCUCCUUGCUAGAUGGUUACAUAACUGAGCAAGAGACUGUCCUGUGGGUACGAACUUUUGACCGCCAUCUUCAGAAUACUACGAUCGCCACAGAUGAUGGUGAGAAGGUCUUCUACGUUGAAGGUCCAGGGGCGUACCAGUCAAUGAGCCUCCGACGACCUCUUAAGAAUGCCUCAGGAAAUCGUGUCUUCGACUUGCGACGCUAUCCAUCAGAUCCCAGGAUGCGAUGGUUCGUACAAGACCCAGUUGGCAAUAAACUCGCCGAGUUAGGCCAUGAGAGGUUUUUCACCUCCAAACACACUGCUAUUGAUGCCAAAAUCCUCAGCACUGGGACGGAUGUUGAGAUGCGACCACGCGAUGCGACAGGUUCAACAAAUUACGUCAAUAUAGGCAAUGUCACUAUUGCGGAAAUCACACUUCACACAAAUAAUACCACGAAGCGCUUCGUCCGGGAUCGAGAUCUAUCAGUGUUUCGAGUUCGAGUGGCUAAGGGGGCAGAUAUGAGCUUAAUCGUUCUCAUGACAUUGGUCCGGGCAGAAAUGGCGCACGUGUGGCGGAAAUAA